CACGCGGUCCAAGCAUUCGGCGAUCUACAGCGCCUGGUCGAUUCCUACUUCGAUCGGUUCCAUGAUGUGCAGGCGAUUCUCCAUAAACCCACUUGGGCCAUGUCUUCGUGUCCAUCUGCCCUCCUGACAGCCAUGGCGUGUAUUGGUGCACUGCUUUCGGAUAGAGAGUCAGAUGCUGAGCUGUCCUGGGCCCUGGGCGAGAUAUGUUCUACUAUGAUUACCUGGAUGGGCGCUUCGGAUGCUACAAACUAUGGCGAUGUUUCAUACCUCAAUGCUCUCUGCCUCCACCAAAUCUACUCUCUAGGUUCAGGCAACAGGCAACUCUAUCAGAGUGCAGACAGAUCUCGUGGUAUCUUGAUAGGUGGCCUACGGGGCAUGGGCCUGUUGAAGCCUCGUUCUGCUGUCAGCUUGGACGAGAGAGGGGAAAAUAUUCCCAUUUCUGAGGACGAUCAAGUUCUUACCCAUGAGUGGAAAAAUUGGAUCAUGAGAGAAUCAGGGCGUAGGGCAGCCUGGGCAGCAUUCGAGUACGAUUGCAGCCUUUGUACUCUCACAAGUCGCCGAGGUGUCGUUGACUUGAGCGAGCUGCCUUCUCUUUUGCCGUGCCCCGAGUCCAUAUGGAACGCUACCUCAGCACAAGCCUGGUUUGCCCUCAUGUCUCGCCUAGGGCCCGGUAGCUCGAGGCCAAGUUUAUCUUUGGUACUCAAGUUAGCACUAGCCGGAGAACAAACCCCCUCAUUCUUGGGGUCCUGGGCGAAGAGGCUUUGUUCACAGGUCAUGGGGCGCUUACUGUGGGACCUCUGGCAGCUGGAAGUUGUCGCGAUGCCCGAAUACUGCGGCCUUGGCUCCAUUAUAAGCGCACACCGAGAUACAAAGAAGUCGCUUCUGAAGAGCUUGAAUAAUAUGGUUGAUGCUCUGGCUGCACCUUCGACAACUAGUGACCUGAUUAGCUACAACAUCGCGAGCCUCCUUUGUCACUACUCGCAUCUCUGUGCCGCGAAUGGUGUCCUUGACCUCGUAAUCUAUAUCGUGCGCAAUCUCGUUUCUUCGGCACCACAGCAACAUAACGGAAUUGAGGUCGCCCGCGCGCGUCUCAAGUUGGCAUUUGCCAGAGAUCCCAAGACAGCAAGAAGGCUGUGCUGGCACGCGACUCAGAUUGUUGCGAUUGCGAAUGAGUACCUCGUUUCUGCCCCUUGCGAGAUCAUGCGAGUCUUCAUGGGCUAUAUCUUCAUUAUUGCGUACUCGACCUACGGGCCCCAUAGAACUGUGUUGCCGAGUGAGUAUAGUCAUAGUGUCCGGCUCGAUCUCCACGAUCAUCAUCUAUCUCAAAGAAGAGUCGUGGUGAAAUGGAUCCAAGCAGGAGGGCCGGCGAGCUUUGGGUCUGUUCAAGAUAUUGGUUCCGACAGUUGCGUCCCCGCUAUCAGUCACGACGCCCAAGAGAUGCUACAGAAGUUGAAAUGCUGGGGGUUGGCUGGUAAAUUCACCAGAAUUUUCCAAGUGUUGGAAGCAAAAGGGUUCUAG